AUGAAAAAAUUGUUGUUUUUUUUAUUAGCGCGACGUUCGAUACGUCCAUAUCAUGUUCGUAUGAUUGCUUUUGAACAAUGUAGACGAACUCUUCAUGAUCAAUCUGAAGCACACGGUGCUGAUUCAAAUCCAGCAUAUGAUUUUGUACGUCGUCAUCUUGGUCCAAAUGAACGACAAACAAAAGAUAUGCUUAAUACACUUGGCUUAAAAACUCUUGAUGAACUUAUUGAUAAAACAGUGCCAUCAGCUAUCAAGUUUCGUGGUACAAUGAAUAUUCCAGAAGCACUUUCUGAACAUCGUGCUUUAAAAGAAAUAGAAGAAAUCGCUAUGCAAAAUGAAGUAUGGCGAUCAUAUGUUGGUCUUGGUUAUAAUGAUUGUAUAAUUCCGACAGUUAUUCAACGAAAUCUUUUUGAAAAUCCUGGAUGGUAUACACAAUAUACACCUUAUCAAGCUGAACUAUCACAAGGACGUUUAGAAAGUUUACUAAAUUAUCAAACUGCUGUCAGUGAUAUAACUGGACUUCCAUAUGCUAAUGCUAGUUUGUUAGAUGAAGGAACAGCAGCCGGUGAAGCAAUAGCAAUGUGUUUUAGACAUAGUAAACGACCACGAAUGUUUCUUAGUGAUCAACUUCAUCCACAUGUUAUUGAAGUAGCUCGAACACGAGCACAUGGAUUUCGUACUGAAAUUGAAGUAUUACCGAUUGAGAAAAUGGAUUUUUCAAAAAAAGAUGUAGCUGGAGUUAUAUUUCAAUAUCCUGAUACAACUGGAAAUAUUAUUGAUCCGGCAGGUUUAAUAGCUCGUGCAAAGGAACAUGGAACUAUGGUUAUUUGUGGUUCGGAUCUUUUGGCUCUUUGUCUUUUAAAACCUCCCGGUGAAAUGAACGUUGAUAUUUGUUAUGGAAAUUCUCAACGAUUAGGUGUUCCACUUGGUUUUGGUGGUCCACAUGCUGCUUUUUUUUCUUGUGCAGAACAAUUUAAACGUGAUAUGCCUGGUCGAUUGGUUGGUUUAACCAUUGAUUCACAUGGAGCAAAAGCUUAUCGUUUAGCUCUUCAAACACGUGAACAACAUAUUCGACAAGAAAGAGCAACAAGCAAUAUUUGUACUGCACAAGCAUUACUUGCAAAUAUGGUUGCCAUGUAUUGUUUAUAUCAUGGUAGACAAGGUCUUCGAAAUAUUGCAAUAAAAAUUCAUAUAUUAACAUGUGAUCUUGCUGAAAGCUUAAAAGCUGGUGGAAAUUCUAUAAAAAAUGAAAUUUUUUUUGAUACAUUAAAAAUUAAACCAACUAUGAGUAUUGAUGAAAUAAAACAACGUGCAAAAGAAAAACGUAUUAAUUUACGUUAUUAUGAUAAUGGAAGUAUUGGCAUUUCAUUAGAUGAAACAAUGAAUGAAAGUGAUGUUGCUGAUCUUAAAUGGAUAUUUAAUGUUGAAGAUAAAUUAUCUAAUGAAGCAAAAAUAAAUCCUCGUGAUUUUGGAAAUUUAACUCGUCAAAGUCGUUUUCUUAAUGCUGAAAUAUUUAAUAAAUAUCGAUCAGAAACAAAAUUAAUGCGUUAUAUGAAACAAUUAGAAAAUAAAGAUCUAUCACUUGUACAUUCAAUGAUCCCACUUGGUUCAUGUACAAUGAAACUUAAUGCUGCUGCUGAAUUAAUACCUUGUUCAUGGGCUCAUUUUAAUCGAAUUCAUCCAUUUGCUCCAUCUAAUCAAUGGAAGGGUUAUGCUAGAUUAUUAAAAGAUCUUGAUCAAUUUUUAUGUGAAAUAACUGGUUAUGAUAAAAUAUCAUUUCAACCAAAUAGUGGUGCUCAAGGUGAAUAUGCUGGUUUACGAGUUAUACGAGCUUAUCAUGAACAUCAAGGUGAACCACAAAGACGAGUUUGUCUUGUUCCGAUUUCUGCUCAUGGAACGAAUUUUGCAUCAGCUACAAUGGCUGGAAUGAAAAUUGAAAAAAUUCAAUUGGAUAAAAGAGGUGCUGUUGAUAUGAAACAUUUAAAACAAUUAGCCGAAAAAUUUAAAGAUACACUUGCUUGUGGAAUUGUUACAUAUCCAAGUACAAGUGGAGUUUUUGAAGAAACAGUUAGAGAAUUAUGUGAAAUUGUUCAUCAUUAUGGUGGACAAAUUUAUCUUGAUGGUGCAAACAUGAAUGCACAAGUAGGUUUAUGUCGUCCAGGAGAUUAUGGUUCUGAUGUAUCACAUUUAAAUUUACAUAAAACAUUUUGUAUUCCACAUGGUGGUGGUGGUCCAGGAAUGGGUCCUAUUGGAGUUAAAAAACAUCUUGUACCAUUUCUACCAAAUCAUCCAUUAUUGGAUAAAAAUUCUGAAUAUAAUCCAAAACAUUCAUAUGGUCCUGUAUCAUCAGCUCCAUUUGGUUCAGCAUCUAUUUUACCAAUACCUUGGAUGUAUAUUCGAAUGAUGGGUGCUGCUGGUCUUCGUCGUGCAACAGAAACAGCUAUACUUAAUGCUAAUUAUAUAGCUAAACGUCUUGAAUCUUCAUAUAAAGUCUUAUUUCUUGGCAAAAAUGGUUUUGCUGCUCAUGAAUUUAUAAUUGAUGUUAGUCGUUUUAAAGAACGUGCUAAUGUUGAAGCAGUUGAUAUUGCUAAACGUUUACAAGAUUAUGGAUUUCAUGCACCAACUGUAUCAUGGCCUGUAACAGGUUCAUUAAUGAUUGAACCAACUGAAUCAGAGGAUAAAGAUGAAUUAGAUCGAUUUUGUGAUGCAUUAAUUGAAAUUCGAAAAGAAAUUUCACAAAUUGAGAGUGGUGAAUAUGAUAAAAAAAAUAAUCCAUUAAAAAAUGCUCCACAUUCCCAACAUGUUUUUCUUCAUGAAAAAUGGUUAUUACCUUAUUCAUUACAAAAAGCUGUUUUUCCAAUUGAUUUUGUUUCGCCCAAUAAUAAAUUUUGGCCAUCAUGUGGACGAGUAAAUGAUGUUUAUGGUGAUAAGAAUUUAAAAUGUCGUGUUGAUUAA